AUGUCAAGCACUUCACACCGCGUCCGCGGGGGUUCUCGACGAGCCGCCCUCGCCUGCACCCUCGUCGCCACGGUCGGGCUCGCGCUGAGCGCGUCGGCGAGCGCGCAGGACCUGGUCCCGCAGAACGACAAGCUGUACUUCCAGGCGGAGACAGUCGACACCGCCGCGCCGGUGAAGGCGCUGCACAAGGUCCGCGCGAUCGCGGCCGAGCCGCAGCGGUUCGUGCUCCAGCUCGACGGCCCGAUGUCGCCCGCGCGCCGGGAGGCGCUGAUCGAGGCGGGCGUGGUGAUCGGCUCGUACGUCCCGGCGAACGCGUUCAUCGUUGACCUCUCCGGCGCGGACCUCGCGUCGGUGGAGGCGAUGGGCUUCGUCCGCUUCGUCGACGAGUUCCGCCCGAGCUGGAAGCUCUCCCCGCAGGUGCUCGCCGGUCGCGAGUACACCUCCGAGGACCGCAAGCUGCUCGACAUGGCGGGUCGCGUGCUCGUGAACGUCACGCUCUUCGAGAACGUGAACGUCGCGGACGCGGAACGCAAGCUCGUGCAGAUGCCGGGCGUCGAGUUCAAGUUCACCGAGGUGAUCGGCGGCCAGAGCGUCGUGACGCUCGAGAUGGACCGCGCCAAGGUCGCCGACCUCGCGGCCCACUCGGCCGUGCAAUUCGUCGAGGACGCGCCGGACGUCGAUUACCGCAACUCCACCACCCGCUGGAUCAUCCAGACGAACCAGGUGAACAACACCCCCGUCUACGACGCGGGCAUCCACGGCGAGGGCCAGAUCAUCGGCGUCCUCGACGGCGGCGUGGACUCCAACCACUGCUCGUUCAGCGACACGCAGCCGAUCGGCCCCAGCCACCGCAAGAUCGUCGCGUACAACAACUCGUUCUCCACCUCGAGCCACGGCACCCACGUCGCCGGCACCGCGGCGGGUGAUUCGGGCACGAACAACGACCUCCGCGGCAUCGCGUACGGCGCGAAGAUGGCGGUGAACACGAUCCCGUCGUUCACCGAGUCCGGCAUCCUGCAGCGGCUGAACCUGCACCACAGCCAGGGCGCUCGGAUCCACACGAACUCCUGGGGCGACGACGGCACGACGGCGUACAACUCGCUGGCGCGCGGCUUCGACGUCUUCCUGCGCAACAACGAGGACGACGUCGUCCUGCUCGCGGUGACCAACGGCUCGGUGCUCCGCAACCCGGAGAACGCCAAGAACCUGAUCGCCGUCGGCGCGACGCAGGACACGCCCAGCCAGGCCAGCCACUGCACCGCCGGCAUCGGCCCGACGGCCGACGGCCGGCGCAAGCCCGAGAUCUACGCCCCGGGCUGCUCGACGAUCUCCGCCAACGACGACACCGCCUGCUCCACCACGAGCCUCACCGGCACGUCGAUGGCCUGCCCGGCCGUCGCCGGCGCCGCGGCCCUCGUCCGCCAGUACUACAUGGACGGCUUCUACCCGAGCGGCAUGGAGAACUCGCUCGACGCGUUCACCCCGAGCGGGCCGCUCGUGAAGGCGACGCUUUUGAACUCGACGCGCGACAUGACCGGCAUCGGCGGCUUCCCCUCGAACCUCGAGGGCUGGGGACGCACCACGCUCGAUGACGCGCUGUUCUUCCCCGGCGAUUCGCGCCGGCUCGUCGUCGUCGACGACGUCCGCAACGCCGACGGCCUCACCACCGGCGAGAGCGUCGACUACGGGCUCAACGUCGACGGCUCCGGCGAGCCCCUCCGCAUCACCAUGGCUUUCUACGACGUCCCCGGCGCCUCCGGCGCGUCCAACCCCGUCGUCAACAACGUCGACCUCGUCGCCAUCAGCCCGAGCGGCACGACGUACCGCGGCAACAACUUCUCGGGCGGCCAGUCGGCGCCCAACGGCUCGGCCGAUGCCAUCAAUAGCGUCGAGCAGAUCCUCGUGAACAACCCCGAGCAGGGCGGCUGGACCGUCCGCAUCGUCGGCACGGCCGUGAACUCGGGCACGCAGGGCUACGCGAUCGCGGCCUCCGGCGCCGUCUCCGACGGCCCGACGGCCCUCUCGGUGAACCUGGACAUGGCGGCGCCCGAGAUCAUCGCGCCGGGCUCGUCCACCGAACUGACCAUCCGCGUGAACCCGGGCGACGACAUGCUCGUCGGCGGCUCCACCAAGCUCCAGCUGAGCAUCGCCAACGGCUCGUUCAUCGAGAUCGGCACCACGCAGAUUUCCGAGAACGUCUUCCGCGGGACCAUCCCGCCCGUCGACUGCGGCGACGACCCCCGCUUCUUCCUGCAGGCCGAGGGCGUGACCACCGGCACCGUGUUCUUCCCGCCCGCGGGCGCGGCGGACCCGCUGCAGAUCGGCGUGGGCGAGUUCGCCAUCGAGCUCAUGGACAACUUCGAGACCGACACCGGCUGGACCGUGAGCAACGACCCAUCGCUCACCGCCGGCGGGUGGGCCCGCGGGCUGCCGCUCGGCGGCGGCGACCGCUCCGACCCGGCGACGGACUCGGACGGCUCGGGCCAGUGCUUCCUGACGGACCCGAACGACGGCGACACCGACGUCGACGGCGGCCCGACGAUCCUGACGUCGCCCGCGUUCGACUUCUCCGGCUCGCUCGACGCGCAGAUCAGCUACGACCGCUACUACGGCAACUCCGACAUCAGCGACACGUUCGCGGUCGAGAUCUCCGACGGCGGCCCGUGGGUCACCGUCGAGAACGUCAACCCGAACGGCGCGUCCACCUGGACGACCCGCACGAUCAACGUCGCGGACUUCGUGAGCCUCACGAGCACCGUCCGCAUCCGCUUCGUCGCGAGCGACAGCCCCAACAACUCCGUCUUCGAGGCGGGCGUCGACAACGUCGUCGCCUCCGGGUUCUCCUGCGAGAGCGCCGCGGCCUGCCUCGGCGACUGCGACGCCAACGGCGUCGUCAACUUCGAGGACCUCGUCGCCAUGCUCUUCGUGUUCGGCAGCGACGACAACGGCAUGUGCAACGCCGACCAGACCGGCCGCGUCGACUUCGACGACCUCGUCACCGCGCUGUUCCUCUUCGGGCCCUGCCCCAAGUAA